CUCGCGCGCAGACGAUCCUAUUUUUUCUGAGUAGUAAAACUCAUUCGCACAUAAAUAUUACAGCAAUUUUGUUAUUUCUUUUCUGCUUAGCUGAAAGCAUUGCAAGGGGAAAAGAGGAAGAAGCAAAUCAAGAAAAAUAACCGAAAAAUUUGAAGUGAUCCAAUGGAUUGAAAUCCAUGCCCCAAAUCUGGCUCUUUUUUCGUAACGAUUUAGCUAACAGACAAGAAGGUCAAUUUUGCCGGAAAUAAAGGAUACAAACUUUGGUGAAAGGGGAAGAAAAUUUUGAAAGAAGGGUAUAGAAGAGGUGAAUUAAGGAGCGAAAUAAAUGGGCGGAUCGAAGAUGGAGGGAUCUUCAGCACCUGCAUUACGCCGGGAUCCAUAUGAGGUGUUGAGUGUGUCAAGGGAUUCUUCUGAUCAAGAAAUCAAGACUGCUUAUAGAAAGCUUGCGCUCAAGUACCAUCCGGACAAGAACGCUAAUAAUCCUGAAGCUUCAGAUCUUUUCAAGGAGGUUGCAUAUUCCUAUAGCAUUUUAUCUGAUCCAGAGAAAAAGAGGCAAUACGAUAAUGCUGGAUUUGAGGCCCUUGACACUGAAGGAAUGGAUGUGGAAAUUGAUCUAUCAAACCUCGGAACUGUUAACACAAUGUUUGCUGCUUUAUUCAGCAAACUGGGCGUUCCUAUCAAGACCACAAUUUCUGCUAAUGUUCUUGAAGAUGCUUUAAAUGGCACUGUUACAGUCAGACCUCUUCCAAUUGGAACUUCAGUCAGUGGAAAGGUAGAAAAGCAAUGUGCUCACUUUUUUAGUGUAACCAUUAAUGAAGAACAAGCUGAAGAAGGGAUUGUAGUUAGAGUUACUUCAGCUGCACAGAGCAAAUUUAAGCUCCUGUACUUCGAGCAUGAUUCAAAUGGUGGGUAUGGCCUGGCCUUGCAGGAAGAUAGUGAGAAGACAGGCAAGGUUACGUCAGCUGGAAUGUAUUUCUUACAUUUUCAAGUGUACAGGAUGGAUUCAACUUUAAAUGCAUUGGCAAUGGCUAAGGAUCCAGAAGCUGCUUUCUUCAAAAGAUUGGAAGGCCUUCAACCUUGUGAGGUCUCAGAACUAAAAGCUGGCACUCACAUAUUCGCUGUUUAUGGAGAUAAUUUCUUCAAAACAGCAAGCUACACAAUUGAGGCACUCUGUGCUAAAUCUUACGAGGAUACGACUCAUAAGCUUAAGGAUAUUGAGGCUGAGAUUCUGAGGAAGAGAAAUGAGCUACGCCAAUUCGAAAUAGAAUAUAGAAAGGCUUUAGCGCGCUUCCAAGAAGUCACCAAUAGAUACAACCAGGAAAAGCAGUCUGUUGACGAGCUGCUCAAACAACGAGAUAGUGUCCAUUCUUCUUUUACAGUUUCAAGGUCAGUUGCUACUACAGGUGGAAGUGGACAUUUUAGUAAUGGAAGUAGUGAUUUCAAAUCCGAGAGUCCCGGAGAAGAGGGCAGUUCAGAUAUGAAGGACAAGUCUUCAAAGAAGAAAUGGUUCAAUCUCAACCUCAAAGGAUCUGAAAAAAAGUGAGUAGUAGGCAAUUUCCUGUUUGUUCCAAAAGGUAUGAAAUUUCAUUCUUGCAUGCAAACAUUUGGGCACAGUAGUUACAUAAAGUUCCCAUUGUAUUGUGUGAUUGGUAUGUUUAUUUUGGAGGCUGGUUUCUGAUAUUUCACUGCUGUAAAAUGUUUGAAAAUAUAGUGGAUUUUGUAGUUAGAUUUAUAUUCUUGGGCCUGUUCCAUCCUUAGGCUCCUUGUUGUGUAACAUAAUAUUUUUUUUAAGACAUUUGUAAUUUAUAUUAUGAGUUCCAUCUGGUGAUCCAA